GAAGUGUUCCCAUUUUGCGUCGUCUGGGCUCGGCGGUGGCCGGGCUCGGGACGGACAUACCACCAUGGGGUCGUCAAAGAAGCAUCGCGGGGAGAAGGAGGGGGCUGGGACGACGGCGGCGGCCAGCACCGGGGGCGCCACCGAGCAGCCGCCGCGGCACCGAGAGCACAAAAAACACAAGCACCGGGGCGGCGGCGGCGGCGGCGGCAGCAGCGGCGGCGGCGGCGAACGACGGAAGCGGAGCCGGGAGCGUGGGGGCGAGCGCGGGGGCGGGCGGCGCGGGGCCGAAGCCGAGGCCCGCAGUGGCACUCACGGGCGGGAGCGCAGCCAGGCCGAGCCCUCCGAGCGGCGCGUGAAGCGGGAGAAGCGCGAUGACGGCUACGAAGCCGCUGCCAGCUCCAAAACCAGCUCGGGAGAUGCUUCGUCACUCAGCAUCGAGGAGACCAAUAAGCUCCGGGCCAAGUUGGGGCUGAAACCCUUGGAGGUCAAUGCCGUCAAGAAGGAGGCGGGCACCAAGGAGGAGCCCGUGGCAGCCGAAGUCAUCAACCCCAUGGCCUUGCGACAGCGAGAGGAGCUACGAGAGAAGCUGGCGGCUGCCAAAGAAAAGCGCCUCCUGAACCAAAAGCUGGGGAAGAUUAAGACACUGGGGGAGGAUGACCCCUGGCUGGAUGACACUGCAGCCUGGAUCGAGAGGAGCCGGCAGCUUCAGAAGGAAAAGGACUUGGCAGAGAAGAGAGCCAAGCUGCUGGAGGAGAUGGACCAGGAGUUCGGCAUCAGCACUCUGGUGGAGCAGGAGUUUGGGCAGAGGCGGCAGGACCUGUACAGUGCCCGGGACCUGCAGGGCCUCACCGUGGAGCACGCCAUUGAGUCCUUCCGAGAAGGGGAGACUCUCAUCCUCACUCUCAAAGACAAAGGUGUGCUGCAGGAGGAGGAGGACGUGCUGGUGAACGUGAACCUGGUGGAUAAGGAGCGGGCAGAGAAAAACGUGGAGCUGCGGAAGAAGAAGCCCGACUACCUGCCCUACACAGAGGACGAGAGCGUGGAUGACUUGGCACAGGCAGGCCGGGCAGCGAAGGGGCUCGAGGAAAUGGUGGCUCUUUGGCUUUUCGGGAGCCAGGCUGGGUCCCAACCUGUCCCUCUUGCCUUGCAGCAAAAACCCCGCUCGAUAUUGUCCAAGUACGACGAGGAGCUCGAGGGCGAGCGGCCUCAGUCCUUCCGUCUGGAGCAGGGUGGCACGGCCGACGGCCUCCGGGAACGGGAGCUGGAGGAGAUCCGGGCCAAGCUGCGGCUGCAGGCCCAGUCCCUGAGCACGGUGGGGCCCCGGCUUGCCUCCGAGUACCUCACGCCAGAGGAGAUGGUGACCUUUAAGAAGACCAAGCGGAGGGUGAAGAAGAUCCGCAAGAAGGAGAAGGAGGUGGUAGUGCGGGCUGACGACUUGCUGCCUCUUGGGGACCAGACUCAAGAUGGGGACUUUGGUUCCAGACUGCGGGGCCGGGGUCGGCGCCAAGUGCCCGAGGCAGACGAGGAGGCCCAGGAGGAGGAGGAGAAGGAGCCUGUGCCUCAGCACCCACAGUCUGAUGACACCCGAGUGGAGAACAUGGACAUCAGUGACGAGGAGGAGGGCGGAGCACCGCGCUCCGGGUCCCCAGAGGUGCUGGAGGAGGACGAGGCGGAGCUGGAGCUGCAGAAGCAGCUGGAGAAGGGGCGCCGGCUGCGGCAGCUGCAGCAGCUACAGCAGCUGCGAGACAGCGGCGAGAAGGUGGUGGAGAUCGUGAAGAAGCUGGAGUCUCGGCAGCGGGGCUGGGAGGAGGACGAGGAUCCGGAGCGGAAGGGGGCCAUCGUGUUCAAUGCCACGUCGGAGUUCUGCCGCACCCUGGGCGAGAUCCCCACCUACGGGCUGGCCGGCAACCGGGAGGAGCAGGAGGAGCUCAUGGACUUUGAACGGGACGAGGAGCGCUCGGCCAAUGGCGGCUCCGAGUCCGACGGGGAGGAGAACAUCGGCUGGAGCACAGUCAACCUGGAUGAGGAGAAGCAGCAGCAGGAUUUCUCUGCCUCCUCCACCACCAUUCUGGACGAGGAGCCCAUCGUGAAUAGAGGGCUGGCGGCCGCCCUGCUCCUGUGUCAGAACAAAGGGCUGCUGGAGACAACAGUGCAGAAGGUGGCCCGUGUGAAGGCGCCCAACAAGUCGCUGCCGUCCGCCGUGUACUGCAUCGAGGACAAGAUGGCCAUCGACGACAAGUACAGCCGGCGGGAGGAGUACCGCGGCUUCACCCAGGACUUCAAGGAGAAGGACGGCUACAAGCCCGACGUGAAGAUCGAGUACGUGGACGAGACGGGCCGGAAGCUCACGCCCAAGGAGGCUUUCCGGCAGCUGUCCCACCGCUUCCACGGGAAGGGCUCAGGCAAGAUGAAGACAGAGCGGCGGAUGAAGAAGCUGGACGAGGAGGCGCUCCUGAAGAAGAUGAGCUCCAGCGACACGCCCCUGGGCACCGUGGCUUUGCUCCAGGAGAAGCAAAAGGCCCAGAAGACGCCGUACAUCGUGCUCAGCGGCAGCGGCAAGAGCAUGAACGCGAACACCAUCACCAAGUGAAGCCCACCUCCCUUCCGAUCCCCUCCCCGACUUUAAUAUUAAAUAAAGUUCCCUCCUUAUUUUUUC